CCCAAAGGCAGCUGCUCUAUCAAUACCCCCCACACUGCUCUCUCUCUCUCUCUCUCUCUCUCUCUAGAAUAUCUUCCCUACGUCCGAGCGGUCACAGUCGGGCGGUUGGCUCUCGUCUUCCCAGCCAAACGGCUUUGAUCGGUUAAGAUGAGAUGGUUUUGGUGAUACAUUGUAGUAAAGCCUAAGGCGCCGGUUUUAGUGGUGCGCUGCUCCCUCUCCUCCUUCAGUAAAUGGGCUGCUUCUCGUCCACUCAAAGAAGACAGUUCCCUGGAUACGAGGAUCCUGUAACCCUUGCUUCAGAGACAGCUUUCAGUGUUAGUGAAGUCGAAGCCCUCUUUGAGCUUUACAAGAGCAUCAGCAGUUCUGUCAUUGAUGAUGGGUUGAUCAAUAAGGAAGAGUUUCAAUUGGCUCUAUUCAAGAACAGAAAGAAAGAAAAUCUUUUCGCGAAUAGGAUCUUUGAUCUUUUCGAUGUUAAACAAAAGGGAUUCAUUGACUUUGGUGAUUUUGUCCGAUCUCUCAAUGUUUUCCACCCUAAUGCUCCUCAGGAAGACAAAAUUGAUUUUUCCUUUAAGCUAUAUGAUUUAGAUGGUACUGGAUUUAUUGAGCGCCAAGAGGUCAAGCAAAUGCUGAUUGCACUUCUUUGCGAAUCUGAGAUGAAAUUGGCUGAUGAAACUAUUGAGAUAAUACUUGAUAAGACUUUCAUGGAUGCUGACGUGAAUCAGGACGGAAAGAUAGACCGGUCUGAAUGGCAGAACUUUGUUUCUAGAAACCCAUCACUGUUAAAAAUCAUGACCCUCCCCUACUUGAGGGAUAUAACAACUACAUUCCCGAGUUUUGUUUUCAACUCCGAGGUCGAUGAGAUUGCUACCUGAUAGAUUUGUCUAUUAUUUACUAGUGUUUAGCCAUAGGAUACUCGUGCAAUCGGUAUGCAUAAUAUACCAUGAUUGAUUUGGAACAGAUUGUAAAAGCUUUGAACUGGGCUGUGCUUCAAUUGAUUUAGCUUGUAGGAAAUGAGCAUAUGUGCAGAGGAUUUCGCAAUUGUAAAGCAUUAUUGCUCAGGCCGAUCAUCUGGUCAUUCCUCGCGCUGGUGUUAUGCAAUGGUAGUUUGAUACUCUGGAUCCCUUUUCUUCAACUUAUGAAAUUCAUUUUACAGAAAUAUAGAGUUGGGAAUUCGCGAA